AUGAUUGACUUACAAUCAAUGUCUUGUUGCAGUCGAAAGAGAAAUCAAGCGGACAAAGAAAAACCUGCGUCCAUAAACUUCAAUAAUACAGAUCCUUUAAACUCCCUAUGUUAUGAAGCAUAUUCAUCAAAUUAUGCUGCAGAACGAAAAAAGGUACUGCUUGGUGAAUUUUACUUUGUAUUUCAACCAUUCAAUAUAUGGGCGCAAGGUGGCACACGCAGGCCUUUGAUCAGUGGUAUCAGGUAUGUAUCGAAGAAUAUACCAGUAAGACACAUGGGUCAUUUGACUAUUUUAAAUGACCUUUAA